UUCUGACUGCAGGCUGGGCUGAAAGAUGCUGCUCUGGUAGCCCGUGCUGCUACCUUGGCCAGUCUCCCAGGAGCCCCAGAGAUGGCUCUUUCCCCGAGAGGGAUCCCAUGCCACCUACAAGACAGCAUCACCGCCUUGCUGGGGUCAAAGGAAAUCAUCCUGGUGAAGCCUGUCCAGCUGCAAGUCAAAUCCAAGUAUGAAGAUGACAUCUUGGUUUUAACCCCCUGGAGGGCAUAUGUGCUGCAGGUGAUGCUCCCAGUCAGGGUGUGGAGCAGCUUCAGCUUCCUGGAGGUGAAAGAAAUCACGAUCCAGGAGCCCAGCCUGGUUGUCAUAGAUACAGAUACAGCCUCUUACGCCUUCCAGUUCGUGUCACUGUACGACUUGGAGCAGGUGGUCAGCCAUAUCACCAUGUCGCUUAAGAAGGUCUUUCCAGACUCUUCCCCCGGAAAACUGCUCAAAAACUAUCCCUCCAGUUUGUUCGAGAGAAUUCAAAGAAUAACAGACUCCCUGAAGGAAACGCUGCAGAAUAACCAAGGACCGUGUGGUGGGUUUUCGGAGACAUAUGCUGCUUUAUGUGACUACAACGGCUUCAGCUUCAGAGAGGAGAUCCAGUGGGAUGUGGACAAUAUCUACCACAGCCAAGACUGCCGAGAGUUCAACCUGUUGGACUUCGCUCACCUAGAGAGCAGGGCCAGUCCAGCCAUGAGAGAGCAGAAGUGUGAAUGGGCGUCAAUUAAUUUGCCAAGAGACGUAGCCCUUAGCAUCACGGCGCUGUCGUUUAACCUGUGGUUCACCAAGCUGUACUGUAAGGACUUCAGGCUGAAUCUGGAGAUUUCUGAACAGCUUCUGUACAUGCUCAGCAAAUCGGUGAAACUGGAGGAGCUGGUGCUGGAAAACACCGGGUUAAAAUUUGAAUUUGCCCAGAGGAUGGCCCAGGCGUUAAGAGGAAACCCGGACUCGGCUCUAAGCGCCAUCAGCCUGGCUGGCAACCAGCUGGAGGACAAAGGGAUAACUGCAUUCAGCCAGCACAUCGAGAAAUGCACCAAGGGCCUGCGCAGCCUGAACUUCUCUAGGACCUCGCUGACCUCCAAAGGAGCAAGCACUUUAUGCCAGUCCCUUGCGUCUAAUGGAAUCUUCAGCACCUCACUUCAGCACCUGGAUCUCUCGGGGAAUCCUGGCGUCCUUGCCACGGACGAUGCCAGCAGCUUGCACAGCUUCCUCAGCCAUGCAAACUUGGUGUCUCACCUUAAACUGGCCGGCACAGACUGUGCUUUGGAUGCACUGUUCGGAGCAUUGGCCAUCGGCUGCUGUGCCAAUCUCGCCCACCUGGAUCUCUCCAAGAACGUGUACUCGCACAGAAAGCCGAGAGAUGUCCCUCCGGCCAUCAAACUGUUCUUCAGCAAAGCGGCUGCCCUCCGAUACGUCAGCCUGGCGUGUAUCAAGCUACCGCCAGAGGCUGUAAGGGCCUUGCUGCAGGGAUUAGCAUAUAACUCUCAGAUCAGUGACCUGCACCUGGACCUCAGUAGCUGCGAGUUGCGAUCGGCAGGUGCCCAGGUGAUCCAAGAUCUGAUUUUUGAUGCCAAUGCAAUUAGCAAUUUGGAUUUAUCAGACAAUGGCUUUGAUGCUGACAUGGUCACGUUGGUGCUGGCGAUAGGCCGAAGCAAAUCCAUUAGGCAUGUCUCCUUAGGAAAGAAUUUUAACAUCAAAUCCAAGGACAAUCUGGCUGACGUUCUCCACCGGAUUGUUCAGCUCACGCAGGAAGAUGACUGCCCUCUUCAAUCCCUGUCCGUGGCCGAAUCGCGACUGAAAUUGGGAACCAACGUCCUCCUGAACGCACUGGGAAGUAACACCAGCCUCAGCACGUUGGACAUCAGUGGGAACGCCAUUGGCGACACUGGAGCCAAGAUGCUGGCCAAAGCCUUGCAGAUCAACACAAAACUCAGGACAGUAAUUUGGGACAGAAACAACACCACGGCCCAUGGAUUCCUUGAUGUUGCCCGUGCUUUGGAAAGGAAUUACACCCUGCGGUCCAUGCCUUUGCCAAUGAGCGACAUGACUCAGGCUUAUCGGAGCAAUCCGGAGAAGACGGAGGAGGCUGUCCACAAGAUGCAGUCUUUCCUGGCGAGGAAUCAGAUGCGGCGGACCCUGCCUAAGCAAACCUUCCGGCUGCAGCAGGGAAUCGUCACCAGCUCCUCAGAACAGAUGGUGAAUGAGAUGUGCAGCAGCCUACAGAAGCAUGUCGAUGCCCUGAGUGCCCGUCUGGGCCGAGAGGUGGAAGCCAGUGUCCUCUGUGCAGAAGAAGCCAUUCGGGAAGCAAACCUGUCCAUCAGCCUUUUGCCACUCCUAUACGAGACCGGGAACGCCCCGUACCAGAACUGCCAGCUGCAGCACAAGCUGGAAUGCCUCACUGAAGCAGCCUCACAGGCCUGCAGCCGGGAGAUCCAGGCUAUUAUGCAGGCCGUGCUGGAUACCACCCAGAAUCUGUGUCCAACAGUUCUGCAGAAGAGUGGCGUUCGGGACCGGCUGGUCCACACGAUCUCUGAGCGAAUCAUCCUUCAGGACCAUCUCCACCUGAGCGCCGUCCUGGACCAGCUGGUCACCGAUGUAUUCAGCAAGCUGACCGAAAUCAGGCUGUCUGUCAUUGCGGCUGUGGCCGACGGGCUGAUCGACGAGGUGCUGGAGGACCUGACAAGUGCUCGGUGCCGGCUGGCAGAAAAUCUCCCCAAGCAAACUCCGGAUCUUCAUAUGCUACCGACAGACAAUACUGAGGAGGAGGAUUUUCUGCUAAAGAAGAGCAGGAAUCUGCUGGAUGUUGCUGAGCAAAGCUUUGCAGCUGAGGAGUAUAAGACGGCUCUGAGGAGGAAAAACAAGCACUUCAGGAGCAUCCGGCCCACGCCCACCAUGAGAAGUCCGUCGGAGCUCGAUCUUCAGGCAGAGGCAGAAGAUAACGAGAUUGGAACUCACCAGGCUCUGCUGUCAGUCAGCUGUGCCUCUCUGAAGUCACGCCCUGCCUCCACAAAGGAUGCUGAGCCUGGAAGCAGUUUGCUUCCUUUCCCAGAGCCUGCACCCACACAAUCCCUUAUGGACCUGCCAACUGAGGGAGAGAAACUGGAGCAUUACACCCGAGCUAGGCCCCGGCCCAACCGCAGGAACAGGCAGCCUCCAAGCAAGCCACAUGUCCAGCCCGCCCCGUCGGAGAAUGACGAGGACAGAAGCAUUACUUGCGUGGACGAAGGGCUAGAGGAGUUCUUUACCAAGAAGCUGAUCCAAGAGGAACUGCCCCCAGCCCCCCGGGGGAUCUCUUCUGGCUCAACCCCCCUCACGCCGUCUGGCACCCGGACUUUCAAAAAGAAAAUAGGAAACUUCUUUGCGUUCAAGAAGCCGAAGUCCAGCCGGGGCUGGAAGUGCGAGAAGGAGCCGGAGGGCAGCCCCUCGGCAGCCAAGGGCAGGAAGUCCACGCGUGGUGACAUUUCAAAGCCUCCCAGUAAGGCAGGGGAGCCUGGGAAGGCACUGAGCAAAUCCGAAGAGGGUGGGCUUGCCGUGGAGCCCAGGGCCAAUGCAGAGCCCAGCCAGACCCCCGAUGCUGCCCACAGGCUCAGGCCCAAGUAUGCCCGAGAGGGCAAGUCGCAGUCACUCAUACUCCUGUCUGGUGAGGACGAAGAGGCCUUAGGAGUGAAACAUGAAAAGAGGCGGCACCUUGAGAAGAGCGAUGGGGAGAUCCCCAGCUCCUUUGAGCAGCGCGUCCACGUUAUGCUGCACCGGAUCGGGGUCACCAAAGUCCUGUCCUCCGAGGGGAAGAAGAAGCAGAGUAAAGAAGGAGAGAUCAAAAAAGCUGGUUCAGAUGGAGACAUCAUGGACAGCGCAGCGGGCUCCCCUCCCCUUGUCUUGAAAUCUCGCACACACUCCGUGUCCACAGACCCGUCUGCGCGAAGCGGCCCUGCCGAUGCAGUGGGCCAAGCUGCGGCCGAGCCCAGCGACGUGCGGCUCUCCUGGAAGGCCCUGGGGAAGCAGCUGAAUGCCGAGCUCAAGGGCAAGUGUUCUGAACUCCAUUCUUCUCCCAGGCGCUCCUUUGUCGUUCAAGAGCAGAGCAGCCCCACGGAGCAGCAGGUCCGAGAGAGCUGGAGCAGCAGUUUGCCCAGGCCUGGGAGGAGCACGCCUGCCCCUGUGCCAAGGAGAAUUAGCAACGCAGGCGCUAGCAGGGACAGCAUAGAUGCAAUCGCUGCAGACAAUUGCGUGAAACCCAAGCCUCGUCUGAAAAACGUGGCCACCAGGCGUGCCAUUUCCGUUCACGAAGAACAGCUCAGGGAGCAGGGCUGCACGGCCGCUCUGGAGAGUGUAAAAAUCCCCCUUCGCCUGCAGCGCUCGCCAGUCCUGAAACGGAAGCCGAAGCCCAACUCCGUGGUGGAUGUGGCAGGGAGCAGCACGCCCAGCACCCCAGCAGCACUGCAGGACAUGCUGCCACAGGACGAGCACAGGGCCACAGCCGAACUGCAGGGGGAGCAGCCGCAAGCCAUGGAACCACCGGUUGAAAAUGCAGCGAACAGCCAUACACCAAAGAGCAGCGGCUCCAGGCCUGCCAGCAGCCCCCCAGGGACAAUGAGUUAGUGGGGGCUGCGGCCCGCUGUCAUUUCCAAUAAAACACUGCGACCGAGGGCAAGCUGAAGGGUUAUGAUUUGCAACAGCAGCUCAAGCACCCGUGCAGUGUAGGGCACCAUGGUACAAGCCACGGGCAGAUGGAGGAGGCGGCCCCCAGCCUGUUCCCACUCCCUUCACUGCUCCCAGGUGUAGAACAUUAGGGCUUCCUCUGGAAACAGGGACAGAGCAGGGCCUGCUAACACUUCCUGAACCAUCUACGAGAGGACCCCCUUUCCAGCUCCCACUACCCUCCGGUGGUCUCAUACUGCGCCCAGCUGGCUUUACACAAGCUCCAGCUGGCUAAAACCGAGCUGCCAAAAGCCAGCAGCUGAGUUUGCCACCAGCCUAAGCUUUUCCUGGAGCACAUGGCUCUUCGGAUGCAUGCACAGCUAUUAAGUAUGCAGUAAUAGCAGGUGU